AUGCCUCAGGAUAGCAAAACAAAUGAUGAAGACAUAAGUGAAAGUUUCCCACAGCUGGGCCAGUUGGUGUCAACGUGUUGUAGAGGAUGUUGCACACGUAAACAAUUGUUCAAGCGGUUACCCGUACUCCAAUGGCUUCCGGCCUACAAAUUGCAAUAUCUUGUCGAUGAUAUCGUGGCCGGGCUUUCCGUUGCGUUAACGGUCAUACCUCAAGGAAUUGCAUACGCUGCAAUUGCAAAUCUGGAUCCCCAGUACGGACUGUACUCUGCAUUUAUGGGAUGUUUCGUCUACUUCAUUCUGGGCAGCUGCAAAGAUGUGACCAUUGGACCAACGGCUAUAAUGGCUCUUAUGGUUCAGGCUCACGUAGGAGACACCGGGGUGGAGUUUGCGAUACUAUCCGCUUUCAUCACUGGCUGUAUGAUUCUUUUACUCGGUGUGCUCAACCUAGGUUUUCUAGUACAGUUCAUAUCGUUUCCUGUGACGGCUGGAUUCACGUCUGCUGCGGCGAUAACGAUUGCGAGCAGUCAGGUGAAAUCACUGCUAGGAAUUCCAGGACAAUCGAACGAAUUUUUAGACUCCUGGAUCAACGUGUUCGAACACUUGCAAGAUAUUCGAUUGUGGGAUAGUGUGCUUGGCGUGUCUACCAUCAUCAUUCUUCUCAUCCUAAUGCAAGUGAAGAACAUCAAAGGAAACAACUGCUGGCGAAUCGUUGGAAAGUACAUAACGCUCUCCAGGAAUGCGAUAGUUGUGAUAAGUGGAUCCGUGCUGGCCUUUCUUCUGAGCGAUGUAGGUAAUGUGCAACCAUUUCUACUCACUGGCAACGUGACUUCCGGAUUGCCACCAUUUCAACUGCCACCAUUCACCACAACGCUCAACGGCCAAUCGUACAGUUUUUCGGAAAUGAUCGCUGAACUCGGAACAUCUCUCAUCACGCUGCCACUGAUCGCCGUGCUGGAAUCGAUUGCUAUCGCCAAGGCGUUUUCUAAGGGCAAAGCUAUCGAUGCCACGCAAGAAAUGAUUGCGCUUGGCAUCAGCAACAUUGUUGGUUCAUUCGUGUCGUCCAUGCCGGUAACAGGAUCGUUCACACGAUCCGCAGUGAACAACAACAGUGGCGUGCGAACGCAGCUGGGUGGAAUAACUACGGGUGUGGUAGUCUUGCUGGCCCUUGGAUUGCUUACCGAAUCGUUCUACUACAUCCCGAAAGCUACACUGGCAGGAUUGAUCAUUGCGGCGAUGUUUUUCAUGAUUGAAUUUCAUGCGGCGGUCGAAAUUUGGCGCACGAAACGGGUGGAUAUUAUUCCAAUGAUAACUACGCUGAUCGCUUGCUUAUUGCUCGGCCUGGAGUAUGGGAUGCUUGUCGGCAUUGGAAUGAACAUAUGCUUCGUUCUGUAUCAAGUAUCGCGCCCAAUCGUUGUGCCCGUUAGAUUGACAAUCGACGGCAAGGACGUUCUAAUGCUUCAAGUAGACCAAAGUUUAGUGUAUUCUGCUGCCGAAUAUUUAAAACACUUCGUACUGAAGUUAGCAUCCAAACAGACCGAUACAAUAAUCGUUCUCGAUGGAACGCACAUACAUUCCGUGGAUACUACGGUAGCGAAAGUACUGGUCACCGUGGUGCAGGAUAUGGGUGAUUCAAACCGAACUAUAGUGUUCUGGAAAUGGAACCGCUCAGUGCAAUGCACAUUACUCCGUAUGGAAAAAGAACUGUUUCAACAUUUGUUUCGAAAUGAGGAAAAACUAGACGCAAUAAUCAAGGAUCAAGGUUUUAUACAUCAGCCGACCGCCGUAAGAGUGGACAUGUAG